AUGAAGAAGAUGACGACAUAUAGAGUUGGUUGUAAAAAGUAUUGCCAUUUCAUGAAACCUGGAAGAGAGAUCAAAGCUCUUGGAACUCAGUUGGAGAAGACGAAUAUUGCUGCCUGGGCUAGCAAGGUAGAAGAUAAAGAUGAAUCUUCUUCUUUGAAAUCUGAAAAAUCGGGUAAAACUGCCAUUGAGAUGCGUACAUCUGCUUGGGAGGAUGCUGAGAAAACGAGAAGGCAGCGAGAUGGAAGAACAUAUAACCUACCGACUGCUUCAGAGGUUGCCGCUUUAAUUGUCGGGGACAUUUGUGAUUCAAUUGAAAAGAGGGAUAUUGUUGUUGAAACAAAAACUGGAUUUCUACAACGUAUCAGUGAAUUGCAUCCUUCAUACCUUCCUCUUCAAUAUCCACUGCUAUUUCCAUAUGGAGAUGAUGGUUACAGUGUUGACAUUCUUCAUAGAGGUGUUUCAUUUACAACCAACAGCAAGCGGGCGAAAUGUACAAUGAGAGAAUAUUUCGCUUUUAGAAUUCAAGAUAGAGAUCAUUCGUUCUCCCUCAUUCUUAAUUCAAAAAGGUUGUUUCAGCAGUUUCUGGUAGAUGCAUAUACUAUGAUGGAAACGGAGAGAUUGCAUUACAUACGUAGGCAACAAUAUGUUCUUAGAUGUGAGUCUUAUGAAAAUUUACGUAACCAAAAAGCUCAAGGAACAACGAAUAUCUCCAAUGUCGGACAACGUGUCAUAUUACCUUCAUCCUUUACUGGUGGCGCACGAUAUAUGCUGCAAAACUAUUUGGAUGCCAUGUCACUAUGUAAAUGGUUUGGAUAUCCAGAUUUUUUCAUAACCUUUACGUGUAAUCCAAAAUGGACAGAGAUUAAAAGAUUUCUUAAGGAUACUUCACUUCAACCAGAAGACAGGCAUGAUAUAUUAUGUAGGUUGUUCAAGAUCAAGCUCGAUGCAUUUAUUAAAGACUUAAGGGAGAAUAAAAUUUUCGGCACAGUUCAAGCAUAUGUUUAUACCAUUGAAUUUCAAAAGAGAGGUUUGUCGCAUAGUCAUAUAUGUUUAUUUAUGCAUUCUGACAACAAGUUACCCACUGUUGAAUUUAUCGAUCUGAUAAUUUCUGCCGAGAUACCAGACAAAAUUGAAGAUCCGGAAUUGUAUUCACUUGUCAAUGAGUUCAUGAUUCAUGGUCCAUGUGGAGCUGAAAAUAUCAAUUGUCCAUGCAUGGUGGAUAAAAAGUAUCCUUCUGUUGUCAGACUACCUUUUCAUCUACCUAAUCAACAACAGAUUGUAUAUGGCGAAGACGAUGAUAUUGAUGAUGUUCUUGACAAACCUUCUGUUGCGGCUUCAAAGUUCACAUCUUGGAUGGAGUGUAAUGCAAUCGACAGUGAAGCACGAAAACUUACAUAUGUUGAAUUUCCUACAAAGUUUGUUUGGAUAUUAAAUGGUCGGUUUUGGAAGCGAAGGAAAGUAGGAAAAGCCAUCGGUAGAAUUCAUUCGGUUUCACCUAAACUAGGUGAAGCAUAUUUCUUAAGGAUUCUUUUAAAUAAAGUAAAAGGUCCGACAUCAUUUGAUGAAAUUCUCACGGUAAAUGGUCAAAGACACUCUUCUUUCAGAGAUGCUUGUUAUGCACUCGGGCUAUUAGAUGAUGACAAGGAAUACAUUGAUGCAAUUAAAGAAGCAAGUCAUUAUGGAUCUGGUUUUUAUCUACGCUUCUUAUUUGCUACAUUGUUGAUGUGUAAUAGUAUGUCUAAACCAGAGGUCGUUUGGGAAAAUACAUGGGAAUAUUUGGCAGAUGGAAUUCUAUAUAACCAACGACAAAGAUUUAAGUCUGCAGAAUUGUCACUCGGAGUAGAUGAACUUAAAAACUUAACUUUGUUCGAAAUAGAACAAAUUUUACUUCGAAACAACUCUACUCUCAAAAACUUCAAAAAUAUGUCAUACCCAGAUGUUGAAUCCGUUUCUUCUUCAAACAAUCGACUUAUCACCGAGGAGCUAGAUUACGACAUUCCUGUUUUAAAGAAUGAUUAUGAUCGUAUGUUUCUUGCAUUAACAAAUGAGCAAGGUAACAUUUUCCUAAACAUCAUGAGUGCUAUUCAAGAAAAUAAAGGAGAUGUCUUUUUCGUUUACGGUUAUGGUGGAACGGGUAAAAAAUUUUUAUGGAAUACAAUAUCAGCAGCAAUUAGAUCUGAUGGUAAUAUUGUCUUAAAUGUUGCUUCAAGUGGUAUUGCUUCCUUAUUAUUACCCGGUGGUAGAACAGCACACUCUCGAUUUAUAAUUCCAUUUGAACUUACAGAGGAUUCUUUUUGUAAAAUAAAUCCAGAUGGUGAGUUGGCUAGCUUAAUAAGAAAAACCUCUUUAAUAAUUUGGGAUGAAGCACCUAUGGUCCAUAAGCAUGCAUUUGAAGCUUUAGAUCGAACUUCGAAGGAUUUAUUAAGGUUCCUUAAUUGA